AUGGAGAAUGCUCUUGUGAAAGGCGCAGCGGUGGGUGACUCGUGCAGGGACAGGAGCAGGUGGAACACGAACGAGACGAGUAACGCGUGGAACGCGAGUAGCGUGAGUUGCGUGAGUAGCGUGAGUGGCGGGAGCGGAAGCAGCGGCGUGAGUAGAGCGUGCCGCGCCAUGGAAGGCCGACCCAGAUCCGCCGGGAGCGGCAGGCGACCGCAACUGCAACUGCAGCAGCCUCUCGACUCCGCGCAUGGCGUUGCGCGUGGCGUUGCGAGUACUGCUGCUUGUAGCGCUGCGUGCCGCAGUGAUGGUAGCGCUGGGAUUGCUGUGAACCGCGCGCAGUCGCGGCCGUGGGGGCACACGUGGUCCGCGGAUGCGGCGGCUUGCGCGGAUCCGGCCGCUCCCGGCACGGCAACUGCCGCGCGUUGCUGCGAUCGUAGCAACGGCGGUUGCAGCAGCGGCGGCUGCGUUGGUAGCACCGACGUAGCGGGUGGGACGGUUUGCCGGUAUUGCGGGACGUGCGGUAGAGCGGAAGGUGUCGGGCUUAGCAGGGACGGCGGGUGGUGCUCCGCGGAUGCAAGCCGCGCGGAGCGUGGGUUUGGAACUCCGGGCGGGGGAGUGCGGGGCGCGGGGCAGGCCGGUUGCGCCUGCGGAGGGCUCGCGCAAGAUGUGGGCGGAAGACGAGACGGCGCGGGGGCACGCGGAGAGCGGCUUUGGUUUCGAGAGCCGUGCGACGGGCUAACAAGGGGGGUGCAAUGCGGUGCGGAGGAGUGGAGGUGCGAAGAGGAGGAGCAGGAGGGGAGUGGGGAGGAGGAAGAGGAGGGAGGGGGGGGCAUGUUAGGAGUGGGAGUGGGAGGAGUGGGAGGAGAAGAGGAGGACAGGGAGGAGGAACCAGAUGUGAUAAGAUACAAGCAGAUGAUGGGGAGGCAGCAGAGGCAGAGCCAACAGCAACAACGAGCGGGUCCAUUGCGGCAGCAGCAGCAGCAGCAGCAGCAGCAGCAGCAAGAACGGCAGCUGCAGCAGCGGCCGCAGCAGCAGGAGGGGGCCAGAGGCUUGGAUGUAGUGAGAGCGCGUGCAGCAGAGGCGGUGCGUGUGGCCCUGCGCAACAGCCGCAGCAACAAGGACGCGUUCAUCUCCGCAGGAGGCGUGGCCGCGCUGCUGGCUCUGCUCCGAGACCUGCUGCUCGCGCUGCUUGGCCCGGUCGUUGGCCUGCGCGCUUUCGAUGCUCCGCUGCUGCAGCAGGGACGCCUGGUGCGACCGGGUUCGCAGUGGCAGCAGCAGCAGCAGCAGCAGCAGGUACUAACCAAGAUGGGAUGGCAGCAGGAGGCAGCAAAGGGAAUUGAGCAGGGCGAACGGGCCGGGGAUGGUGAUGUUGACGCGUUGCUGCUGCUGGUGCGCGGAUUGGAGCACUGUGUGACGGCACUGCUCAACAUGUCCCUCGUGCCCGGCACCAGUCAAGUCAUUGCCACCUCUGGCGGGAUUUCCAUCCUGGCGUGCGUGCUGCAACUCCCUGCUGACUGUAGCAGCGGCAACGGCGGCGGCGGCACGUGCAGCAACGGCACCACCAACACCACCACGAGUUAUUGGAGCAGUGGCGGUGGCGGUGGUGACUGGAGCACGGACGGUGCAGGCGAGCGAGCGGGAAUGCUUCUGGAGGGGAGCCAGCUGGCGAGUGCAGAGGCGCAGCAGUCAGUAGCCACCAGCAAGGCCAACACCGCAGCAGCUCUCUUCGUGCUGUCAGCAGCAGAGGAGCACCGGGAGCUGGUGCGGGAGGCAGGCGCUAUUCCGCUGCUCGUGCAGCUGCUGGUGUGUGGCAGCCUGCGCGCGCGCAAGGACUCUGCACUCGCGCUCUUCCACCUCUCGCGCAACGCAAGAUGUGCCGCGGAUAUGGUGCGAGCCGGCGCUGUUGACGUGCUGCUGUCGCUGCUGCACUCCCCGGGGAGACCUGAGCCGCAGCAGCAGCAGGGGAAGGAGUGGCGGCUGCAGCAGGGGCGGCAGCAGGGGCAGCAGCAGGGGCAGCAGCAGGGAGGGCAGAGAGGGCGGUCUCAGGAGAAGGCAAGCAAUAGCACGAGAAGCAGAGAGAAGAACCCAGCUGCGUGCAGGACAGAGGUAGGAGCUGGAGGAGCGAGCUGUGGUGGCGCUGAUAAUCUUGGUAGUGCCACCGGUGCUUCUGGUGCUGCUGAUAGGGCUGGUGAUGCUGGUGGUGCCGAUAGGGCUGGUGGUACUGGUGGUGCUGGUGGCAGUGCGAGCGGGGAUAGCAGAGACGAGGAAGCAGGUGGCGGAGGCAUGGCAGGCAAGUGCUUGGCAGUGCUGGCGAAUCUGGUGAAGGAGGGCGUGGGCGUGCGUGCAGUGGCAGCAGCCGUUGCUCCCCACCUGCCUGCUCUCGUGCACCUGGUGCAGCGCGGCAGCCCCCGCACGCGCGAGGACGCCGUCGCCAUCCUCUCGGAGCUCUGCUGCGCUCUCGAUUCAUUCCUCUGCUGGUGCAGCUGGCGUGCUGUGGCAUGCCCCGCACUGAGAAGUGCGUGCGACCCCUGCUGCAGACACUCACCAACCGAGCACGUGACAGGGCAGGGCACAGGGCGGGGGACAGGGCAGGGGACAGAGCAGGGGACAGAGCUGCUGACAGGGCAGGGGACAGGGGAGGUGACAGGGCAGGGGACAGGGGAGGCGAUAAGGCAAGUGAAAGAGCUGGUGACAGGAGAGGUGAUAGGGCAGGGGAGAGAUACAAGGCGCACAGCAGCAGCAGCAGCUCUGCAUUGCUAUCACCCCGCUCGGCAUCCUCACGGCCGUCGUCCUCAGCGUCCUCCCGUCCCUCCACAUCAUCACGCCCAUCCUCAUCCUCCUCCACGUUCUCCUCAGCUUCCUCCUUCUCCCUCUCCUCCUUCUCUUCCUCUUCAUUGUUCAUCCCCUCAGUUCCACCCUCCUCCUGGUCCUCCUCCCUCUCCUGCCAGGUGCCAGCAGCAGCAGCAGCCCCAUCUGCUCUCGCUGCAGCCCAUCCCUUGA